UCUUUUUUAACCACGAGCGCACGGACACCCUGGUUCUGUUUACUUCACGAUCUGACUCAAUUUUCAGCCCAAGGCCACAAAGCUCUACUUCAUCCGCGAACACCGACCCCUUGUUUUCGAACAAGAUUUCUGACGACCAAAAUCAUGGAGCGUGAGACUGGACGAUCUACAAGCGUCUCCAACCAGGAUCGCAUUUGCAAAAAGUGCAACAGGACCAUGGCGACCACUUCUCCGGAAGGAGACUUAGUACCCCUUAUGUCACGAGACAGUGCUUGCGACAUGUGCACGCCAUUUGAAGAGCUCUACGCUGUUAUGCAAACAAAGGACGAGGCAUUCCUGGCUCUCGAAAGCAGAAGGUUUGACCACCUACCGCGUUAUCACGCGAUGGAAGAAUCAAAGGCGGCGCACAAGGCUUUAGACAACUUUCUUCUGCAAACCGAGAUGCAAAUCACGCCUAAGAUGACGCUGCAUACACACUCAAAUGCUCCGGGUUCUCUCCUAAAGGAAAAUGCUGUGGGGUUCGCGACGAACGAAGGACAGGAACAGUUACGACCGCAGUCCGAGGAAGAUAACAGACAACGUACCGUUCUUUCGUCCCUAUGUGCCAUUCCUGUAAAGCGCUCACGGCCUACACUUGAUGAACAACGACGCGUAAGUUUUGAUUCGGGGGUGGUUUUCUACGACAAGGAGAGUGGCCGACCAGACGAGGCGUUCAGCCGGAGUAGCAAAGAUUAUGUACGAGGCCGUAAUGCUCCGACAGAGGGCUACCAUUUUCUUGACACAAGUGGACUAAGCACAACCGCAACGAGGUUCUUUGGAAUAAAAAAACAUAGGAAGGGAUGGGUAGAAACAAAGGAGGGUAAAGAAAUGGACGCACAAUGGAUAAAUGAAAAGACAGCCGAAAGAUCAGUGCACUCGUCGUCACAGGACCAUACAGCUGGUUUGGGAAAAGACACACGACAAGGAGAUCAGAAAAAAUCCGACGAUGACCCCGAGAACACGACAGCCGUAUAA